GGAGCCGGGCAGCAUUGUCACAAUCUGGGUCGAGGUUCCCAUCGUUCCCGUGCCUGGCGAGGAUGCUGUGGACCUGGAUUUUCAAGGGCCUGGUGCUCGCGUGUGGUACACCGUGGAGGACACCGGACUGCAGUGGAUCGGUGGCGACGGCUACGACCUAGAGAAGUACAAGCACUCCGGCAGCACAUCUCUUCCCUCAAUACAAGCCUGA